AUUUUAGUUGUCAGUCGGGAGCGUGCCGUGGAUCGAGACGGUUCUCCCAUUCGGUCGGCGCGGGAAUCCGUGCGCGUUUUAUCAUCCAUCCGGUCGUAUCAUCACCUACAAACGAACCACUCUUGACCAGCGAACAGUAUUCUGGUUGCCCUCCACAGAGGAAUCCAGUGGCAUGGGUGAUGGUUCCAAGAUGACAAUGUGGCGGCUGGUGGCGGCGGUGGCGGUGGUGUGCGCAUGCGCUCACGUGGCCGCGGCGGAUGCGCGCGCGCCGCAGCCGACGCGGCCGCCGCGCCUGUGGCCCCGCGCGCCGCGCACUCUCUCAGAGCGCAAGCCUAACCAUUUCGUAGGCCCCCACGUAUGCCGAUCUCGUAACAGCACGCAUUGCUGUCCCGGAUGGACGUCCAGGCCGAAUUCUUUACUUUGUAUAGUCCCUGUAUGCCGCCCUGACUGCGGCUCCCCCGGAGCCUGUGUGGCUCCAAACAUGUGUCGAUGUGCCAGUGGCGUAGAAGCGCCCUCUUGCGGCGGCGGCGGGCUCUAUCCGUAUCCUGUACGGACGCCGGGCGGCUGUCGUCGUAUCUGUAUGAACGGCGGCACGUGUUCGAACGGUACUUGCUCCUGCGCACCUGGUUGGAGCGGAGAAUUUUGUACUGAACCUAUAUGUAGGGAGCCAUGUUUGCACGGCGGUCGAUGUAUAGCGCCGGACAGGUGUGUCUGUUUCCACGGACUGUCAGGGACGAGGUGCGAGAUCGAUAGGCGAACUGGUCCUUGUUACACGGACACUCGCGGCGCACUGUGCACGGGCGCGCUGGAAGGCGUGGUGUGCACCAAGCAGCUGUGCUGUGCCACCGUGGGAGUGGCCUGGGGACAUCCUUGCGAACGUUGCGGAGAUCUCGACUGUCCACAGGGACACUUGAGGAACUUGGCGACCAAGGAGUGUCAGGACAUAGACGAAUGUGCAGCAGUGCCCGGUCUAUGUCAGGGCGGUAAAUGUAUCAACUCGAUCGGUUCGUUCUCGUGCGAGUGUCCGCCGGGACAGAGGCGACAUCGGGUCACUAACAACUGCGAAGAUAUUGACGAGUGCGAGGACCCCGAUAUUUGUCCUAACGGCAAAUGUGUGAACACUGAAGGCGACUACUACUGUCUAUGCAACCCUCACUUCAUUCCCAGUCCGGACAAGAAGUUCUGUAUAGACGGUCGAGUGGGCAGCUGCUUCACGUACAUGAGCGACACGGGCGAGUGCGCGGACCGGCUGCCGAUGCCGCUGUCCAACCGCGACUGCUGCUGCGGGUACAACAUGGGCCGCGCCUGGGGGGACCUGUGCACGCCCUGCCCGCCCAGGGGAUCCACGGAAUGGACACACCUGUGCGGCGGCGGCGCGAUCCCGCCGAACUGGCGCCGCAACGUGACGGGCGGCGCCGACGACGGCGGCGGCGGCAGCUACGAGCCGCCCGCCAUCGCGAAGAUCAACGAGUGCAUGCUUAGGAACGGCAUCUGUGGGCUUGGAACUUGUGUGGAUAAGGAUAUUGGGUAUCAAUGUGACUGUUGGGACGGCGCUGAAUCAGUGGUACAAGACGGCAACCCAACAUGUAUCGAUAUCGACGAAUGUGCUCUCGAAUACUGUAAAGGAGGAUCUUGCAUCAACAGGCCCGGCGGAUUUGACUGCAGGUGUCCGCCCGGCUUCGACCCGAUUGAAGGAGGUUUGAGAUGCAGCGACAAAAACGAAUGUGAAUCGACGCAUGGAGGCAUGUGUACUAAUGGAGUUUGUAGGAACAGUGAUGGAGGUUACGAGUGCGUAUGCAAUCCCGGCUACGAGUCCACAGAAACAGGGCACGCAUGCCGCGACGUGGACGAGUGCCGCGACAACCCGCGCGUGUGCCGCCGCGGCCGCUGCCGCAACUCGCCCGGCGGGUACGACUGCGACUGCGAGCACGGCUUCCAUAUCUCCGCCGGAGGAUACUGCACCGAUAUCGAUGAGUGUGCCGAUAAGAGUGUUUGUCAGGGAGGUCGCUGCGUGAACAGCGAAGGUUCGUUCCAGUGCGUGUGUGAAGCUGGCUACAGACCCACGCCUGACCGCGGCGCCUGUGUGGACGUCAACGAGUGUUCGGAACAACGCGUCUGUAGGAAUGGACGCUGCCACAACACUCCUGGAUCCUUCAGAUGCGAGUGUCUGCCUGGAUUCACUCUCAGCAAUGAUGGCAGGACUUGUCUUGACGAGGUACAAGACUUGUGUUACGAGAAAUACGAAGAAGGACAUUGUACACUGCCCGGACAGAAUCCAGUAACUAGGUCUCAAUGCUGUUGCAGUUCAAGUAAAGGACUCCACUUAGGCUGGGGUGUGGCUUGCAAAGCGUGUCCUGAACGUGGAAGCAAGGAGUACGACAUCCUCUGCCCCGAAGGCUCCAGCAAAGACAACGGAGGUGCCGACAUUAACGAGUGCACCAUGAUCCCCGGCAUCUGUCCGCACGGCACCUGCGAGAACCUGGAGCCGGGGUACAAGUGCAUCUGUGACCCUGGCUUCCAUCCCGACGCUGAUGGCAUCUGCAGGGAUAUUGAUGAAUGUGAUAUGCAUCAGUCUUACUGCACGGGCGGGCAGUGCCGCAACACUCCGGGCAGCUUCUCGUGCGUGUGUCCGGCGGGCACGCGGCACGAGCCGGACGAGCAGAUCUGCCGCGACAUAGACGAGUGCGAGGGUGAGACUCUUUUCCGCCUCAGGGAAUACGACCGCGGGGACAUCCCCUCUCUGAUCCCCAUCGGAACAGAACAAUCGAACCCGUGCGAUAACGGGCGCUGCAUCAACUCGCACGGCAGCUACGAGUGCGAGUGUGAAAACGGAUUCGUUCUCGAUGCCACCGCUCAGCAUUGUAUCGACAACCGUCGCGGGUCGUGCUGGCGGCGCGUGGUGGACGGGCAGUGCGAGGCGGCGGCGCUGCGGCCGCUGCUGCGGCAGGAGUGCUGCUGCAGCGUGGGGCUGGCGUGGGGGUCGCCCUGCGAGCCCUGCGACCCCGACCACUGCCCCUGUCCUAAGGGAUUCGCUAAGUUGGACGGUGCUACAUGUCGUGACGUGGACGAGUGCCAGCUAGAUUCAGAGCUGUGCAUCGGUGGUAAUUGUGUUAACACUGAUGGCUCUUACAAAUGUGAAUGUCCACCUGGUUUAGCGCUUGAUACUACAGGAAACCGAUGCGUGGACACUCGUCGUGAAUACUGCUACACAGACUUCAUCGGCGGGCGUUGUUCCAACCCUCUCCAGAUUGAAGUGUUACGAGCGGUUUGUUGUUGUUCGUCUCUCGGGAAAGCCUGGGGCGAUGGACGAUGCGAACCUUGUCCUAAGAAGGGAACGGAUUCCUACCGCAAUCUUUGCAUCUCCGAAGGCACGGGUCACCCGCCCACCGUCUGGGACCGUCCCGGCGAUCCCUCCGGUAACGGCACUGGCAUAUGGGGGGACGGCAGUCACGGUGGUGGCGACGGCAGCGACUACGACUGGGGACACGGCGGGGGAGACAACUGGGGGAACGUCACUGGAGACAGCUGGCACAAAACUCCGGGGCUCAUCCCUGGCCAGAUGGAAGUCAAUGAGUGCGCGGCCUUCCCUGGUCUGUGUGGACAUGGACGCUGCAGGAAUCUUGUUGGAACCUUCACGUGUGACUGCUUCCCCGGUUAUGAAAAGGACUCGAAGAACCACACGUGUGUUGACGUGAACGAGUGCGAGAUAGUGGACGGCGUGUGCGGCGCCGGCGACUGCCGCAACACUGACGGCAGCUUCUCCUGCACCUGCCAUCCCGGGCACAAGGCUGAUGACUUCUCUAAAGUUUGUGUCGACAUAGACGAGUGCUUGGAGAACCGCGCGCUGUGCCGCGGCGGGCGCUGCGUGAACACGGCGGGCUCGUUCCGCUGCGAGUGCGGCGCCGGCAUGGAGCUGGCGCCCGACCGCCUCUCCUGCAAGGACGUCGACGAGUGCUCCAUCACCUCGGGAAUUUGCAGCAACGGUGCCUGCGAGAACCUCAUGGGUACAUACCAAUGUGUAUGCGACGAGGGCUACGCGCAGUCGACCGUCAAGUCGCACUGCGAGGACAUUGACGAGUGCACUGAGGACCCCACGAGGUGUCAGCACGAGUGUGUUAAUACGCCUGGGUCUUAUCAUUGUACUUGUAGAGACGGCUGGCACCUCCGCGCGGACGGGCGCACGUGCCGCGACAUCGACGAGUGCGGGCGCGGCGCGCGGCCCUGCGGCGGCGGCACGUGCCGCAACACGCCCGGGGGAUACGUCUGCACCUGCACUGACGGCCUGCUGCCCUCGCCUGAUGACGCUAAACCCACCUGCCAUGAUAUCGAUGAGUGUGCUGAUGUGCCUGAUCUCUGCGGUGCUGGUGAAUGCCACAACACGAUCGGCAGCUUUGUAUGCCGCUGUCCGGACGGCUACAGCGUGAAGCCGGAGCAGGGCCCCGCCUGCACCGACGACGACGAGUGCGAGCUCGGCACCUGCGACUGCCAUCCUGCUGCCGACUGCAUCAACCUGCCGGGUUCAUUCCAAUGCCGCUGCCGCGACGGCUGGCGCGGCGACGGCACGGAGUGCGAGGACAUCGACGAGUGCCUCACCAACAACGGCGGCUGUCAUCCGCGCGCUACGUGCACCAAUACUGACGGGUCAUUCAUGUGUCUGUGUGAUACUGGAUAUAAGGGCGAUGGUUAUUCUUGCGUGGACAUCGAUGAGUGCGCUAACGACCCAACAUUGUGUGAAAACGGUCACUGCACGAACACACCUGGCGGUUACGAGUGUGAUUGUGACGUCGGCUUCACUAAGUCUCCUGAUGGCAGAUCUUGUCUCGACAUGGACGAGUGCGCGACGUUCGACAACGUGUGCGUGUUCGGGCGCUGCGUCAACACAUACGGCAUGUUCAAGUGCAUCUGCGACAAGGGAUACCAGUCCGACAGCAUUGAUGACUUGAUGCCCGGGUUCAACUGCACGGACGUGGACGAGUGCAAGUCGCCGCAGUCGUGCCAGUACGGGCAGUGCGUGAACACGCAGGGCUCCUACAUCUGCCGCUGCCCGCCCAACUACGAGCUCGUCUCCGACGGCACCGCUUGCUACGAUUCAAGAAAGGCUCGAUGCUACGGUAAAGUGGACCUGAAGUCUGGCGCAGAACACUGUCGCGAUAGUGAUGAACUCUCUGAAGAUGGCACCAUGGCCGCUUGCUGUUGUUCCGUUGGUGCUGCUUGGGGCAACUAUUGUGAUUUAUGUCCUGAGCCUGGCUCGGAAGCUUACAGACAACUUUGUCCUGGUGGUCCCGGAUAUCAACCUGUUCUCGAACCUCCGUCGUACGUAGUAACCCUAGCCGACAUAGACGAGUGCACACAGCACCCAGCUCUGUGCGCGCACGGCACGUGCACCAACACGUUCGGCUCCUUCGUGUGCACGUGCGGCGACGGCUGGCAGCUGUCGCCCGACGAGCAGCGCUGCGAUGAUGUGGACGAGUGUGCCGUGCCGGGGAUCUGUGGGCCCGGGAUAUGCAGGAACAUGCAGGGGUCUUAUGUGUGUUUGUGUCCCGAGGGAUAUGUCGCUAUGCCUAAUGGAAAGGAGUGCGUGGACGUGCGUCAACGUCAAUGCUACAUGGACUGGGACCCCGACACGGGCCGCUGCACCGGAGCCGCAGGGGUACCACAAACCAAGUACUUGUGUUGUUGCUCCGUCGGCAAGGCCUGGGGGGCUCCCUGCGAGGCCUGCCCCGACAAGGGCUCUCAGGAACACAUGGCACUCUGUGGAGAGAAGCCGGGAGAGUACAUCAAUCCUAUGACCAAUGAGACCAAGCCCAUCAAUGAGUGUGACAUCAUGCCACAGUUAUGCAAACCUGGUACUUGUCACGAUACUCCCACUGGAUUCCAGUGUGGUUGUGAUCACGGCUACGAGCACGACAACACUUCCCACCUAUGCCGCGACAUCGACGAGUGCGCGGACGGGCGGGGCCCGUGCCGCGGGCUGGCGCAGUGCGUGAACUUGCCCGGCGCGUACGAGUGCCGCUGCCCGCCCGGGUACGCGCUGUCCGCCACGCUUGACGAGUGCGACGACGUGGACGAGUGUGCCGACCAGAGGCUGUGUGAACAUGGAGACUGUAAGAACACUAUUGGAUCAUACAGAUGUGAGUGCAAACCCGGCUACACACUCCGCGACAACGUGUGCCGCGACGUGGACGAGUGUGCCCGUCCGCGCCCGAUGUGCCGCAACGGUACUUGCGAGAACCUGCCCGGGUCUUACACUUGCCACUGUGAUGAAGGGUUCAAGCCAGGCGCUAAUAAUGAUUGUAUUGACAUCAACGAGUGUCGCGAGGGCGGCAUGGUGUGCCGCAACGGUCGCUGCCGCAACACGGCGGGCUCCUUCCGCUGCGACUGCGCCGCCGGCUACGCGCUCAGCCCCGACGCCCGCCACUGCCGCGACGUCGACGAGUGCUCCGAGCUGCCGCAUCCCUGCGGCAGGGAUGGAUCGCCUUCCUGUACUAAUACUAAUGGCGGUUACGAAUGUUCAUGCGGUGCCGGCUGGCGACUAGUAGGAAGACGCUGCGUGGACCGCGACGAGUGCAAGGAGAUACAAUACGUGUGUGCUGGUGGCGAGUGCAGAAACUUUAAUGGAGGUUACGUGUGUGACUGUCCACCCGGCUGGCGUUUCGACAAGGCAGCGGCCAUCUGCGUGGACGAACGCAAGGAACUCUGCUACGACGAGUGGGACUCGGGACGAUGCCAUCGAGCUAGACCUCUGCAGCUCGGAAGACCCGAGUGUUGUUGUUCUGAAGGUGCUGCUUGGGGCAGAUAUUGUGAACGUUGUCCGGCUCCUGACUCGCCUGAAUUCCUUAGAAUUUGUCAAGGUGGAAUGGGAAGACCAAAUCUUACUCAGGACUUGGACGAGUGUAAAGUCCGUCCAGACGUGUGCCGCGGCGGUCGUUGCAUCAACACGGACGGUUCCUUCCGCUGCGAGUGUCCUCCCGGCUACGUGCUCGACGGCAGUGGACUCGUGUGUGUGGACGCUGAUGAGUGUGCUGCUGACCCCAGGAUAUGCGGCAACGGCACCUGCACUAAUACUCCCGGAGGAUAUGAGUGUAGAUGCAACUUUGGAUUCACGCAGGGACCUGAUGGGACAUGUGUAGACAUAGACGAGUGCAUGGAAGGGCGUGCUACCUGCACGUUCCGCUGCCACAACACGCUGGGCUCGUUCCGCUGCACGUGCCCCUACGGGUACGAGGUGGCGCCCGACGGCGUGCACUGCAAGGACAUCGACGAGUGUGCUCAGGACCCCCGGGUCUGUCCGCAUGCCUGCGAGAAUGUUGUGGGCUCUUAUAUUUGCAAGUGCCCUGAAGGCUACAGACGCACAUCAUCCCCCCACGAUGCACCCGACGCGUGCGAGGACAUCGACGAGUGCUCGGACAACCCCGACAGGUGCGCACCCGGCGUCUGCAUCAACAGCGAGGGAGGGUUCGCGUGUGAUUGUGAUGCUGGGUAUGAACCCAGUGAGGACGGCAUGGCUUGUAUUGAUCACCGCACAGGCAUGUGUCACCGCUCGCUGGUGUCGGGGCGCUGCAUGCCGGAGCCGUGGCCGCGGUCCAUCGCGUCCACGCCCGUGCCACCCGCACAUGUUACCAAAGCACAGUGCUGCUGCACGCUGGGUGUAGCCUGGGGUCCUGAGUGCGAACUGUGUCCGGCGCCGGGCAGCCCGGAGCGUCGCACGCUGUGUACUCCGGAGAACCUGCAGCCCGGGCGGCCCGGCCUGGUGCCCGGCGUGCCGGGCCUGGUCGGCGAGAACCACGGCAUGGGCACCGACAUGUACGACGUAGAUGAGUGCGCUGCUAUGCCCGGACUCUGUGCACCUGGCAGGUGUAUCAAUACUAUUGGAAGUUUCCGCUGCGUGUGCGGGCGCGGCUACAAGGCGGCGGGCGAGGUGUGCGCGGACGUGGACGAGUGCGCGGCGCGGCCGGCGCCGUGCGAGCAGCUGUGCCGCAACUCCGAGGGCUCCUACGCCUGCCUGUGCCGCGCCGGCUACGAGCUCGACGAGGACGGCGCCGCCUGCAGGGACGUGGACGAGUGUACUAGGGGCACGCACACGUGUCAGCAGAUCUGCAGCAAUACGGAUGGCUCGUAUGAGUGCUCGUGUCAGGAUGGCUAUGAGAAGAGGGGUGAUGCUUGUGUUGAUGUGAAUGAAUGCCACGAAGAAGGUCUAUGCCCACCCCCUGGUAAAUGCGUGAACUUGCUGGGUUCGUACCGCUGCGUGUGCCCGCGCGGGUUCCGACUGGACCUGGAGGGUACGCGCUGCCUGGACCGCGACGAGUGCGACGACGGCCGCUGCCAGGCGCCUUGUAGGAACUACGCCGGAGGGUACCGCUGCGACUGUCCUGCUGGUACAACGCGUUCGUCGAGCGGCGUGUGCGUGCCGCAGGACGCGUGUGCGGCGUCGCCGUGCGGCGCGUCGCCGUGCUUCGCGGUGGCCGGCGCCUACCGCUGCGGCUGCCCCGCCGGGUACGGCUGGGACGCCGGACACGCCGUGUGUCUGCAGCUGGCAGGUGGUUGCGCGACGGCAAGCUGUCUGUACGGGUGCAACUCGUUCGGCGACUCGUACCAGUGCGGCUGUCCAGCCGGCUACCAGCUCGUGGGUGCCGGGCACUGCCUCACGGCGCUGGACGGCGCCCUGCCGCCCGGCGACAUCGGCGACGCGCCCGUCUUCCCCGUCAGGGACCAGUACAAGAUCGGAGGGGAUAAGGACUUGAUAUCUACUGAGGGAUGCUUCAGUUGUAAGGUGAACGGCAGAAGACGAAGGGCUCCAGAUGAGGCGAUUGUAUACGCGAACGGCACAAUGAUCGUCAGGAAACGCAAGAGGCGUAGUCGCCGUCGUCGUUCCAUCCUGGAGCCGGAAGCAGAGCUGAUCGUGGUAUCGGCGACUCCCCAACAGACUUGGGGCCGAGCUCCCUUGCUGCGGCUGGUGCCGGCCGAGGGUGGCGCCCGGCCACACUACAGGAUCGCUUAUGGAGACCAGGACAAGGACUUCUUGCUGUCCAAGAGAGACGGCGCCUGGGCACUCAGGCUUAGGAGGCAUCUCAAGAAAGAGGUGGUACUAGAGCGUCAGUUGGAGCUGGAGGCGCGGUUCGUGGCGCCGCCCGACGCGCGCCGCGGCCGCGGCGGCCGAGCCCGGCGCCACGCCGACGUGCCCGCGCCGCUGCGCCUCUACGUGUCCGUGCGCGUCGCGCCCAGCCAGCGCUGAACUGCGGGGACCUGCCUCACCGGGGAUACCUGACACGCCACGCACAUAUGUCAAAAAAAUAAAUAAAAAUAAAUCCAUUUGAGGAUACUUCAAACUCGGUAAAAAUAUAUCGAUCAAAUUUAUUAAUGAGCCGAAUUGCACAUUCUUUUUAAAUACAUAACAACAUGGAGAAGUUAAGAAAAUUUUGCAUAAAAAAAUAUACAUAUAUGUUAGAAAUCUUUUUUAAAUCGUUCACGAAAAUACUUAUGUGCAUAGCGGUGUCAUCUAUCCAAUUCUAGGCGAGUUACUCGAGAGAUGUUUCCUGCAACUUCUCUAGUGUCCAGUAGUGAGACUUGUAAAUAUACUCCUUAUUUAUAACACUGCCAACGUUCAACGACUGCCAAUCCCUGUGUAAAUUAUAAAAGUAGACAUUUCUAAAUCAAUUAACGCUAAGUUCACCGAUUGGAAUGUAUCGAUUAAGUCUCACUACCGAUUGAAAUUGAUGUGUCAUUGAAAUGAUAGACUGGUUCUGUUUAAUGUGUGACUAAAUAUUAUGUGUCGACGGAAUUGUUUUAAUGUUCGCGUGACGAUCGAUUCAGUGACUGCGAUUAUUUAUCGAUCAGGUUUUUAUUUUUAAUAUUAGGAAAAUGGCCGUCCCCACAAAAUAUUUGCCGCACGUUCCCAUCGGGCCAACAGGCCUCGUCGGCAGUAUUAAAUAAUUUGUGUGAGAUUGAAUGCAUAAUACGUAGUUAGUCGACUCUCAUACCGAAGUCUGGGACGUAUCGAUGUUUCAUAUAAAAUACAAUUAUUUUAUAAUAUUAACGAUACAACACUAGUUAAUUUCCCAUUGAAAUGAAAAGCCAGUGAAUAAGUUUAUUCUCAUUAUGAUAAGCGAACUAAUGUUUUACUUUAAAGUCUUUUUCUUUUUGCAUUAUUUAAAGGGCACAAACACAGAACCCACACGCUUUUGAAAUUUAUUAAUUUAUUCAAAUUUAUUGCUGUAUCAGUUAAGAUUAAUUAAAAUGCCUCAUCGUUAUUGAAAGGAAAAGGACUUUAAAUAUUGAAUUAUUUAUUUUUUUAUUGCAGUUAUUUCUCUAUGUAGGUUCACUCAAUGGAUAUUUGAUACAUUUUAUGUGAGAUAUUUUUAUACAUUUUUAUCAUCGUUUGGCACUUAUUAGUCGUUCUCUAAAAAGUACAAAAACCAAUGCAAUAGUCUUGUUUGUAAAUAUGUGUAUACAAAUAUUAAAAUUAAUAUAAAAUAUUUAGCUAUUUUAGUAAGAAAUAUUUUAAGAAUUAUUUUAACGUAGUUGUAAGACGAAGUGGAUCAAAAUCAAAUUAAUAAAUUUUUAAUUCGA